UCAAGAUCAUCCGACCGUGUCAGUUUACUUGGCAGAGCCACAGACAGUGUAUGGUCAGCCGAGAAGAUAUGAUCACUCCGAUAUCACUGUGUGUGUUAUCUACACUAAUACAUGUUACAUCAUCGGAACUCUUCACUUCUAUGGAUUAUAUAUAUUCCGCCAUUAGAGAUGCUAACCAGAUUUCAUUAAGGUUGGAUGAUUAUAUUGCGAACGAAGAAAACAGAUUGGCCGAGUUAAAACAAUAUGCUGAGAAGUUAACACAAUUACAGAACGAUCUACUGAAAGAUGACGAUGGCUGGGCUGGUAACCCGGUCAGUGUGUACAAAUUCACCAAGGUGUACACUGAUGAAUGGGACGAGACGUUUGCUGCCUAUAAGCAGAAUAGUCACCAGGAGGCGCUGGACGAGAUUCUUAAACUCAAGAAAACCUACAUGCCAGGCCAAGAGGACAUGAAUGGGGUAACAGACGGAUUAGCCCGCCUUAUCGGCACAUACAAAAUAUCUGCCAGUGAAAUCGCUAACGGCACAAUAAAGGGCAUACAUACAGGGGAGUUAACAGCCCACGACUGUAACAGCAUAGCCCAAGAUUUCCACACACGGGAGUUCACACAGCUCGCCCUAGAUUGGUAUGACGUUGCCAUUGAAAAAAUCCAAAAAGAAGUCAGCGAGAUGGUACCGACCUCUUGUCAGAAUGAGACAUGUUUAGAUUGGACCGAAAACUAUGUCAAAAUGUCCAUAACAAAUAUCAAAAUAUCAAGAGAUUUAGCUGUUGAAUUGCUUCAAAAGCAAAUGAGAAAUUUCACAAUAGAUUUGCAAGCUCUAUUAGAAGAACAAGAAGAUGACAAAGAGCUACAAGAAAGUAUGGAGGCAGAAAUCAUGGCAAUGCAUAACGAUGGUAGUAUCCAGUUUUACGGAAAAGAACUAAUUCGAAACGUGCAUACCAAGCGGUCAUAUGAAAAACUAUGCCGAGGGGCUGUCGAGAGUAGGGUAAAAGAUCCAUCUCUGGUGUGUUCCUACGUCAACAACGAUAAUCACCCCUUAUUGCUGAUCCAGCCGGCAAAGAUUGAGUAUCUGAGCUGGUCCCCAUACAUCGUCAUCUACCAUGACAUCAUGUCGGACUCAGAGACCACGACUCUACAGAAUCUCACAUUCAACUACCUUGAACGGUCCCAAGGAAUCCCUGCCAACCCUACCAGUGAUGAUGAGGGUUUGGAAAUGGAUUCGCGAAUCAGUCGAUACUAUUACGUCGAUGAUGAUAAUCCGAUGGUGAAAAGGCUCAACACAAGGAUACAGGCAAUAACGACACUGAAACCGGUCUAUCCUUCCGCCGAGGUUCUACAGGUAGGAAAUUACGGAAUGGGAGGACAAUACGAGCCACAUUAUGAUUGGUUCGGGAAACAACAAGUACAAAUUUUAACGGAACAUAAAGCAAACAGGCUAGCUACGAUGCUGUUUUAUCUGAGCGAUGUACGGGCGGGAGGUGCGACAGUGUUCCCUCUAAUCGACGUGCAUAUCCCCGUGCGGAAGGGAGCCGCUGCAUUCUGGCUUAACCUCGAUAACGACUUAGAGGGAGUUGAGACUACACUCCAUGCUGGUUGUCCGGUGCUGAUUGGUUCAAAAUGGAUUGCCAACAAAUGGAUUCACACGCACAAUCAGAAUACCCAAUGUUUUAAAUCAGACUCAAAAGAAGCAAACAUUACAUCUAAAUCGACAGCGACCACGUCCGUUGAUUAAUCCCGUGUUUAUCUGUAUUAAACACAUCAAUUCGUUUUUAAAAGCAUAUUUGCCACAUGAAACGCUUGCUGUGCUGUAGACUUUUUUGGCGCACUUAAUUCUAACCAUUUAAGUGCAAUAAUUGAUUGGCGCUCCCGUAGGUGUUCUUUCUGUUGGCACCAAUUACACAGAAACUGCAUCUAGCGCAAUCAGAAUAUCGCCGUAAGCUUUCUCUAAAUGUAUCCAGCAAUCGCCAGUCAAGUAACACAAUACAUUUCGUCUCUCCAUUAUAUACAGAUGUCAUUUCCGUUAUCAUGGUGCAUUUGGAACUGUUGCAUUUGAAGUCAUGUUGAUUAUUGACAAAUAUGGUAUAUUUCGAGACUGAAUGGUUCGUUGUAAUUUGGAUUUAUAAACAAAUAUUUGUUGCAUCACAUUUCCCUGCGUUGACAUACUUUAGGUAUGUAUUUUGGCGAGGUGAUAUUUUAGUGCAUAUUGGUGAAAAGGUGCAUCCCCAACAUAUCUUAUGAAAUAUUACAAAAAAUUGAAAUUAGACAAAGGGGUUACAUCGAUACCGACUCUAUUUUAUUUCUGUCAUUACAAACCCCUGGGAUUAGAUCCAGCAUACUGUUUAAAGCAUCGAACGCUUAAUUAUGAUCAACAUUUAAAGUGUAUGAAUAGUAUUAGUAUGUGUGAAUUGUACUAGACAAGCCAUAAUUGCGAUUUUUGUGCAGGAGUGGUCAUUUCCCUGGUAGAUGUGUGGUGAGGAUGUACGUGUGUUUUGUCAUUAAACUGUUAUUCACAUCAGAAA